CCGUUCUUCAACAGACAGAAGGAAGCGAGAAAAGUGGCGGCGCUGUCUCACUUCAGCUCACCCCGAUCUCGCGUGAUCUCACGAGAAUCACCUCCCAUCAUGUCGACAGCUUCUUCUCCAUGCUCAAAACCUCCAGCCAACGGCUUCGUUGCCCUGGCGCGCAAGGUCUAUAAUCCCAUCGGGUUCAAGAAGGGGUACAGCUUCACCCUCUUUGUCAUCACCGCGGGGGGUAUGAUGGGGUUCACACUCGCCCGCAUGAUGUACUUCAACUUCAACGGCGUCUUCUGUAAUCCGGCGCACGACUCGAGGGCGCUCCCGGGAGAGUGCUACUAUUUUCAAAAGGGCACGGCACGGAUCGGAAUCAUCAUGCACCUCGCGGGUGUCAUACCGGCAGGCUUUCUUGCCUGUCUACAAUUCGUCCCUGUCAUACGUCGCAAGGCUAUCCUGUUUCAUCGCCUUAAUGGGUAUCUCAUCGUUCUCCUGAGUAUAGUGGGAAUCAUUGGUGUCUUUCUCAUUGCACGGCGGACGUUUGGCGGUGGCGUGAGCAUGCAGACUGUUUCUGGCACCGCCAGCCUCAUGUUCCUCGGAGCCCUUGCCCUUGCCAUCUACAACAUCAAGAAACUCCAGAUCGAGCAGCACCGGGCAUGGAUGCUCAGAGCCUGGGUAUACGCCGGUUUCAUCAUCACGAUGCGCAUCAUUGGGUACCUCGCUGCCAUGAUCACGGCUGAGUCGAACUACUAUCAAGUAAAGCAGUGCGCUAUGGUGGACUUUAUCUUCCGUCACGACCAGAACAAAGUCCUCGGCUUCUAUCCUGGCUGCGACGGCUACUACUCGGGGGAGAACCCCGGCCUCAGCGUCCUUGUCCACGCCAGCAUCACCGCUCACCAGCCUGCCGAGAUUUCAGCCGGGUUCACAGCCGUCUUUGAUUCGGGAUCAUGGCUCGCCUUGGUGAUCCACGCUAUCCUUGUUGAAAUUUACCUUCAUUUGACACCCGCAGAAGCUGAGCGCCUUCGUCGCAUCUCUUAUCAGCGUCAGCUCGAAUCCGGGAUGAAGAAUGCCGGGAACGCAGGCAUGACUGUUCAAAGACUGGGUGACGCCGAGCCUUGGCUACCCCCAACUGAUUCACAACCAAGCGAGUCUAGUAUAAGACCGAGCUCGGAUGAGGAUGUAAGGCGGAAGAGCGAAAGCGCGGCGUAG